AUGCUUAUUCCUUCCAGUCGUUGUAUAAAAAAAUACCUGUUUUUCUGUAGCAUUGUUCUUUUCCUUAUUCUUGUACACCAAUUUUGCCUUCCUUACCUGGUCCAGGAGCAUAUAUUCCCCGUCUCAAAAAGGUUAAAAAAAGGAAUCGACUGGGAACACACAUAUAUAAAGAGGAAUAUCAGCUUCAAUAUCCUUUACUACAAUCCGCCAAAGGACUGGAAAAAAGGUCCAGACAUCGUGAAUUUCCGUGAUUGUCCGUAUAAAGACUGUUCCGUUACUACGGACAAGUCACAGCUCAAGAACUGUAAAGCUGUGAUUUUUCAGCAUCGCCCACUGCCUGAAAAACCACCGUUAAAAUUUCCCAGACAAAUUUGGAUAUUUACUUCGUCUGAGAGUCCUUAUCAUACAGACAGGACUGUGUUACUGCCCGCCUGGGAUGGUGCUUUUGAUUGGUCGUUAUCCUAUAGGAGAGAUUCAGAUGCUUAUUUUGGAUAUGGACAAAUCAUUCCUCGGAUUUCCCCCUUGGUAAGAGACUAUGACUUGGUGUUCUCUCAAAAGGUGGGUGAUGUGGCUUGGAUUGUAAGUAACUGCAGAACACGAAGCAAAAGAGAAAAAUACGUAGAAGAACUACAGAAAUAUGUGAAUGUAGAUGUGUUUGGAAAAUGUGGUGCCAAAUGUGAGCCGUAUCAACUCUUAGGAAACGAUUCCUGUCACAGAACGAUCUCACGAGACUACAAAUUUUAUCUUUCGUUCGAGAACUCGUUGUGUAUUGAUUACACAUCAGAGAAACUGUAUCAUAUCUAUCUGUUGGACUUUCCAAUUAUUCCUGUUGUUAGAGGAACCAUGACAGGCAAACAGUACAUUCCAGUAAAGACGUAUAUAGAUACACUGGACUUCAAAACACCGAGAGACUUAGCAGAAACCCUAAAGAAGAUUGGAAAUAAUAAAACACAAUAUAUAAACAUGCUGAGAGCUAAAGAUAUGGAACGCCUCAGCUGCCUUAUGUGGAGAACAUUCAUUAUAUGCUGA